AUGAUGCGACUAUCACUUAUUUUUGCUCUUGUUCUGCUGUCUUUGGUGUGGUGGUUCUGCGGAAGCCUUGCCGGUACGGCCUUGUUGGUAGGCUACGCUUAUUUGGCGAACAAGGCCUUUGGACUGUAUCUUAUGGCCGGCCCGCGCACCUCACGUCAAGUGCCAGAUGUGCCCAUUGCGUAUUGUCAGCAGCUUUCAGCAGUGCAGCUCAGCAACGCCUACAGUGCGGGUGAGUUGAGCUGUGAGGAUGUGGUGCGGACGUAUAUUGAGCACAUCAAGCGUGUCAAUCCCUACCUUAACCUCAUGGUAUUUGAGUGCUUUGAUGAUGCCAUUGAGGCGGCGGUGAAGGCAGACGCCGUCUGGUCGGCGUGGCGCGCCAACCGCUCGAGACCGGCGCCGAGUUGGCUGCUUGGGGUGCCGUGUACCAUCAAGGAGUGCAUGGCGGUGGUGGGCUGCCCAAACACCAGCGGUCACCCGCACCGGCGCCACAUCAUCGCCAAACGCGAUAGUCCCGUGGUAAAGAACUUUCGUGACGCUGGCGCCAUCAUUCUUGGGGUUACCAACACAAGUGAGCUCUGCAUGUGGUAUGAGAGCUCAAACCACGUGUACGGCAUCUCGUGUAACCCGUACGAUACGCGUUGUCUGGUGGGUGGAAGCAGCGGAGGCGAGGGCGCCGCCGCUGGGGCAGUCUUUUCAACCUUUAGCCUUGGAAGUGACAUUGGUGGCUCCAUACGUAUGCCGGCCUUCUUUAACGGCGUCUUUGGCCAAAAGUCAAGCCCGCACUACAUCUCUAACCGUGGGCAGCAUCCGUCGCCCAAGACGGCGGCAAACCAUUACAUGGCCACGGGUCCUAUUUGCCGCUUUGCGGAGGACAUUGCCCCGCUUUGCCACGUGGCCGCCCGCGGCGGGUUUCUUGAGGACCCGAAAAUAUACCCGCCACGACCGCCACUCGGUGAGAUUCCUGAGAUUGAAAAGGGCAAACCACUCCGCGUCUUUGCGCUGGAGGACUUUGGCAUCACCGGUGUUCGCACUUCGUGGUCGCAGCUGGCGGCGGUGCGGCUGGCGGCGCAGUGUCUGGAACAGCAGUACGGGGCCAAGGUGGUGUACGUCAACCUGCGCGACCGAAGCCGCUGCACGGGUGGGGAGAUCCCGGUCGAGUUCAGGCCUUUUGCGGAUGUUUUUGCCAUGUGGAUCAGCGCCCUCUCGUCGGACCCCACCGAGAACAGGUUUACCGCCCUGAUGGGCGAGGGCAACCUAAGCUUCAACGCCCUUUGGGAGCUGCUGCUGUGGUUCGUUGGCCGCUCGCAGCACACCCUGCCCGCGCUGGCUCUCUGCGUGAUUGAGUUCCUUGACCAGAGUUUCCCGAGCAAGAUGCGGUUGUCCUCCCCGCGGAGCGACAUUGCCGCCUUUAAGCGGGCGCUGGAGUCGCUGCUGCGCGACGACGGGGUAAUUCUGGCGCCGACGUUUCCACGUCCCGCCCCGCGCCACCACCUGCCGCUGAUGGCCCCGCUUGAGUUUCAGUACACCGCCGCAUUCAACGUGCUGCAGAUGCCGGCGACGGCCGUGCCGAUCUGGACGCCGGACUUACAAGGCAGCCGAACCUCCGUGACCCCCGCCGACGUGCGGGAGCGGCGGCUGCCGCCGGACUAUCACCUGCCGAAGGGGGUGCAGAUCGUCUCGCGCGAGCUCAACGACGAGCUCGGCAUCGGGGUGGCGAUUGCGCUCGAGAAGGCGCUCGGCGGCUACAAGUACCCCGGCUGGGCGGUGCUGGAGGAGCACGCGCGCGGGCGGCAUGGGGGGACCCCACGGCGGGUGAAGUGA